GAUAUUCUCGUUUCAAAUCGAUGGUCGUUUUCACGAUGGACGGCGAACGUGCCGUGGACUGGAUGUUCGUGCGAAAUGACGAUUUUUCGUGCUGACCAUGUUUCGUAUUUGAGAAUUAAUGUGCAUCGAUAUAUGCAAUCGUGAUUUUUGAGAGUUUCGUGCGGAAAGUAGAUAAUAACGAUUGUAUAAAACCAACGAAUCGUUAAUGGUGCUAAUACGAAGUGUGUGCUGUGUACGACAGUAGUCUUCUCGUGUGCUUUCGUAUCGCUGUCAACGAGAAUCUGAUUAUUUGGACUUUAGAUAAAUUAUAAAAAAAAAUUUUAUGAAACGAAUAAGAAGCACGCCGUGAAUUUAAGUUUAAAGAACAAAAAAAUAUAUUAUUAUUUUAACGAAAUAGAAUCGCGCAAGGUACGCCCCUUUUACAGGUGCCAAUAACAUUUUUGCAAUAUUAAUCGAAAGAAUUAACUAACAGGAAUAUUUCUCGAUGAAAUUAAAUUUGAAGACGUACCCAAAAUUUCUAGUGUGAUAUGUUUCUGCAAUUUUGAAUUUAAUGCCUGUUCUUGGUUUUUCCACUGUUUCGCGCAAAAUCGAUAAAGAAGCUCGCACAUUGCCCGUGGAGUGCAGAACGCGCGAGGAGAAUUGCUGACAAAAAUAGCAAAGUCCUCGAUAGACAGUAGAAGAGUGUCCUUAGAUUUGCUAUUAUCGUCCUUUGCAUCAUUUUGUUGUAAUCCGGCAUUAUUUUAAGUGCAAUUUUUAAGUACACUGCGUACAGCGCUGCUUGUCGAGGGAACGCUGCUCGAAGUUUCAAAAUAUCGUGUCUAUUGUAGCCUUGUGUGUGUUCCGGCACGAGCCAUAAAGUUAGCCUGUGAUUAUUUAAAUUUUUUCGUUACCGAUCUUAUUGUAAAUAUUCCGAAUCGAUGAUUUGCAUCUAUCGAAUAGACUGGAAAUCGAAGGUGAUAUCGUUCUAAUGUGAGCAAUCUAUUCGUAAGUGAUAUUACGAUUGUCCAAGCGCACACUCUAACCUUAUUUCGAAUGAAGUUGAGCGGUGUUCGUGCUACCUAACCUUCGCGUUCUUUAAACGGAAUGUUCGAAUUGUUCGAGGUAAACUCGUAAACGUGCCUCAUGAUCCCGUGAUAGAAGAAAUAAUCGUGUAUGUGUAUCGAAUAACGCGAAAUACUUUGAACGCAGUAUCUCGCCGGCUAUGACGAGAACAAGGACCCGUUUGAACGGAUCGUUGCUGCAACCGUCGCGAAUGCUGUGAUUUCAUUGAAUGUGGAGUGCGAUCUCGCGCCUCUUCGUUAAGGGCAAAACAGAGGAAUCUGCCCUGAGCACGGAAAAUCAUACGUGUGACGGUGUGCCCGAUACGGUUGUCCAUGUUUUCGACGCAAUGGAUCGUAACGCGGGUGAUGAUCGACGUAAGGGCCCUGCCGGCGAGCAACAUCACGGCGGAGCCGAAUUUGAACACUUUUCCGACGCCUAUGAUUCCCGUCAGGCCAAACAACGUGCCUCCGUAAAAUGGCUCUUGUCGAAGGCGUACAACAACCGAGUGCCAGAAAACCUUCGUGAGCCGUAUUAUGUCGAUAAUGAGAAUCAAGAACACCUGAAGCCGCAGAUCGUCCACGCACUCUCCAACGCAGAGUUGUACUGUUUGGCGCUGGCGAACAUCUACUCGGAUCCAAAUUAUCACAAUCAGAAUCAUUGCGGCAUCCUUCAAGCCCUGGCCAGAAAAGGUGUUUACCUCGCGGAGCCGAACAACACCCAACUCACCGAAACGAUCCUCAUUCAAAAUUCGCCACUCAAGAUGUCUGCGCAUAUGGCUGUGAUAGAGGGCCUGAUGGUCUUGUACGCGAAGGAAGUGGUGACCGGGGAUCGAGUGGUCUCCGCGAUCCGCCGUUUCGAUCCCCAGGCGGAAGUGGAGGUCCCAGGGGACCACGAGAAGGGCCUCCUCCUCUGGAUCAGUCACGCGUCGCACGCGCUCAUCGCCAAGAUCCAGGCGGAGGAAGGUGGCGGUGAUAAAACGCGACUGCCAGAGCUGCCUGCUGCCAAGGAUUUCCAGUCGUUGUGCGACGGGGUGGGCCUGGCCGCGGUCGUCGCCUUCUACUGCCCGGGCGAGCUCAACUGGAUGGACAUCAGGGUGUCGAAGAGACCCUCGGUCGCGGACGCGCUGCACAAUUUGUCGCUGGUCCACGCCUUUUGCAACAGAUGCUUACCCUAUUCCAUUUUUCACAUGCAACCCGAGGACGUCACGUACAUGAGGGGGUCUAUGAAGCAAAAUUUAGUGGUUUUCCUGGCGGACAUGUACAACGUGUUGGAGAUCCAUCCUGCGAAGUGUGUACGUUAUCCGGGCGAGGAGAGGGCGAUGCAGUUCUUAGAUGCCUGCCCGCGCAAUAGUCAUGGCGUAGCUCAUAAAAGAAGUCUGCCACAGUCUAUAGCUCCGAUACCUGAUCUGAGAAGCAACCUCUCCGUAUCCGCGCCAGGCUUCACAGUUGCAAAAGCAUCGUCGUCAUCUUCCUCCUCCGUCAAGAAGUCUCAAUCAUUACAACAAACUGCCGAAAAUUAUUCUCACGACGACAGGCGAGCGGGGAGCGAAGAGAGUUUCGUGGUCCAUCGCGGCAAAGGCAUUCCUACGUUAAGCUCCGUGGCGGACGAGAAAUCCGUAGCAAGAGCGGACGCCGCUGGUCGGCCGAGCAACUGGGAAGAGCAGAGGAGAAGCUCGUACGCCGGCCGGCGAUCCAGGCGCAACAGCGUCUCGGACGACUCUCAGUUGACCAUAGAGAAUUUUGGUGGAUCUCAGGAUAAUUUACACAACUUCGGUAGAAAUCCGGACAAGGAGGUUGGGGCGCACGCAAUCGGCAAAAGGAGUACGACGGAGCCGACGUUGCCGGCGAGAUCGAGCGUUCAGGACGUGUACGGUAGCGGGGUGCAGCACAUUCUGUCGGACAACGGUUACGACAAGGAAGAGCCGCCAAGAUUGAGAAGGCAAACCUCCAACUCGAGCCUGGACAACGUGGCGCUCAAGCAAAUUUUACAUUCCAGCGAGACAGUUAAUUCGGAGGGCGACACGUCCAAAUUAGCCAGCUUCGCGAAUCUGAGCAGGCAGAGCUCGGAGAAAGGGAUCAACUUGACGUACACGGAGCAGGAACGGGAUGAGGGCAAGUCGAGUCUGGCCGGCAAGAAGUUUGGCCAGGCGAAUGGGAAUGGGAACGGUGAGAAGAAGACUACGUUCGCCACUUUGCCGAAUACGACCACGUGGCAGCAGCAGAGCAGUCAGCAAUCCCAACAGGUGGAACAACAUUCUGUUGAUGAAAACGGUGGUAACACCAUUAUGGCCUCGCAACUGAAUAACAUUAGAUUGAAGCUAGAGGAGAAACGUCGGCACAUAGAGAACGAAAAGAGGAGGAUGGAGGUUGUGAUGUCGAAACAGCGUCAAAAAGUUGGCAAGGCUGCGUUCCUGCAAGCUGUCACGAAGGGUAAGGUUAAAUCUCCCUCUUCAUCAACGUCUGGGGGGGACAGUCCGGCUGAAAUUGGUCCCCCCACUUCUGUAACCUCCGGAUCUUCGGGGGAGACCCCGACAAGUGUUUCCGAGACGACCCCUGUAACCCAACAACCCUCUCAAGAAAAACCACAGAGACCCUUCUCGCUCAAGGAAAUUAGUGAAGAUGUUCGAGACGUUGAGCAUAAAUGGUUGGAACAUGACGGAAAUGCGCCAUUUAUUGAAACAAGACGUACUCCGGAUAUUGAGAACAUGGAUAUUGAACAGUAUCAUCAAUCCAUAUCACAAAUGAAUAACAGUCUUAGUGAAAUUCAAGCUGACAUACAACGUUUAGCAAAUCAACAAAAUCAAAUACAACAACAGCAUUUAAUGACCCAACAUCAACAACAAAUGCAACAACAACUUCAGCAAUUACAAAGUCUUAGUCAGCAACAUAUGCAAAAUUUCGGAAUGGCACCUAUAAAUCCAUUAACAUCGAAAUUACAAGAUACUCAACAAUCCCAAUUCUAUUUACACGAUCAACCUCAAUUACAAAGACGAAUGUGGGGUCAACCACCUCCAACACAAAGUUUAGCAAAUGAAAUGGCUGCUGUGGGUUAUCAACAACCAAUAGAUCCACGAUAUGGUACUCAACCAACAGCUUACCAACAAGAUUUGCGUUUAUAUCAAGAUACACGGAAUUGGGGAACACUUCCACCUCAACAGAAAGGAUUUGUUUUGCAUGAUAAUCAAGAACCAAGGUAUCUCAAUGGUGGAGAUCAUAGUCUUUGUAAUAAUCAAAUGAGCCAUUCUGGUUCUACAUAUCCAUCAUCUGCAUCUAUCUUCAAUCAAACACCACCAUCUUCUGCUAGUCCACAACAUCGUAAUGCUGUUCAUCGAAUAAGUCAGUUAAUGAGUGAAAGUCCCGAACCAAAAAGGCCAACUGUACAUCAUAUACCAAUUAAAUGUGAAAGCCCUACCGAAAAACGACAAAUUACUGCGUUACAUGCACCGGUUCCAGCUCCGCCUGUCGAUGACAUGAAGCCUCAGAAUAUAUCAUUUAUUGGAAAUGAUGAUGAGCUUACACAAGGUAUAAGAGGUUUAAACAUCACGUCUGGCAGCCGUACAUAUAGAAUUCCAUCACCAACUAGACCUUCAAUAUCACGUAAUUCAUUUCAACCUCAUCCAUCAUUAAGAGAAGCCACACCAUCUCCAUCAGGUACACCAGAAGUAACACCUCUAGAUCCAACAGAUGCUGGUGAGAAAGGAUUUUAUAUUUGUUUCGACAAUGAUGCACAAAAACCAAAACCGACUCUUAGAGUGAAAAGAACAUCUCCGAAAAAGGAAAGAAGUGUAUCAUCGUACGUUGAAAAUGAAGAUUUUACGAUGCGUCCUGAUUCGCCUUCUGCUAUUGCUAUUGAUAGACAAAAGCAACUGGAAGCUCAACGAGAUUUAGAUCGAGAAAAACAUCAGAUAGAUGAAAGAGAUUUCCAACGACAAGAAAUUAGAGAUAAAGAAAUUCAGAGAGAAGGAGAAAGAGAAAAACAAAGAGAACGACAUGAGAUCACUGGAGAAAGUCGACAAUCUGGAGUCGGUUUAAUAAUUGGAAAUCAAUUAGCAAAUCCUGAUCCUAAUUCUCUGGAUGAAAUGGAACGGAAAAAAGAACGUAUAAUGCUAUUGUCAUUGCAAAGAAGACAGCAGCAAGAAGAACUGAAAGAGAGAAAGGAAGCAGAAGCUCAAGCUCGACGAGAACAAGAGAAAUUAAAAGCAGAAGAAAGAGCUCGUAAAAAAGAAGAAGAAAGGCAACGAAGAGCAGCUAUUUUAGAACAACAUAAAGUAAAGAAAGCAAUAGAAGAGGCAGAAAGAGAAGGUAAGGUUAUCGAUAAAGAGCUUCUCAAUGCAAUAAAGCCAACAAAAUUGCGUAACAAGACUGCGACUCGACCACGACCCAAAACAAUUCAUGUGGAUGCUGGUACAGAGUUGGAUUCUGGAGCCCUUACGCCAAGUCGUGGGAAAAAGGGUUCUUCUUCUAAUUUAAGCACAGCGUCGCUGACUUCCCCGACGAUGAGGCGAGACUACUACCGAGGCUCGCAGGACAGUCUCACUGCUGCUCAUUUCGAUGAACGACGUUCCGGCCCUCUUUAUCGGGGCGGCAGUCUCAGGGUAUCUUCCGUAGAUUCACCCGACGAUGGUAGAGGUUCCUCGCCUUGUCGAAGUAUGAAUCAACUUGGCCGACGUGGUUCCUACAAAACAUCUAGAGAUGUGCAGGAGCCUCAGCAACAGGUUAGAGGCAGGCCUAAAUACCCGAGUUACGAAAACUUUAAGGGGAGAAAGUCUAAUUCCUUGAUGAAUUUGUGUGGUUCGAGUAGUGAUCAAGACGGUAUGAUGUGUCGAUACACAGAUACGGACAGCGGACUAGGCAGAGCCACACCUCCAAGGAGAGCACCGAGUCCAGGAAUGGGUAGCAUGAGGCAUCUUCCGUCGCCAUCUGGGCCUGGUUCCUUACCUCCCGGUUUGAUGACCAAGAGACGAGUAUUCGAUGAUGGUAGCAGCGACAUCAGUAGCACGCCAAGUUCAAUGAUGGACUACAAUGGUCCAAGAUUGUAUAAGCAACCGACGACUAAGUCAAAUCGUGGUAUUAUGUUAAACGCUGUGGAAUAUUGUGUGUUUCCGGGUACGGUGAAUAAAGAAGCGAAAAGAAGAGUUCUGGAUGAAAUUGCAAAAUCAGAAAGCAAACAUUUUCUUAUUUUAUUUCGAGAUGCUGGUUGCCAAUUCCGGGCUCUCUAUUCAUACUGCCCAGAUAGAGAAGAAGUUUCGAAGUUGUACGGUACCGGACCUAAACAAGUCAUUGAUAAAAUGUUCGAUAAAUUUUUCAAAUAUAAUUCAGGAGCAAAAUGUUUCUCGCAAGUACAUACAAAGCAUCUGACUGUGACCAUAGAUGCCUUUACGAUACACAACAGCCUUUGGCAAGGUAAAAAGGUGAAUUUACCGAACAAGAAAGACAUGCCUCUCGUCAUAUAGUUUUACACAAGUGUCACAUUUUAUGCCCUCUGUUGUUCAUAGUUACUAUUUUAAUACAGGCCCAUAUUAAAUUAAUGCAAACGUUGCGUUCUUAGUCAAUUUUAUAAGGACAAAUGAUUGAUGCUGACUCGAUAGAUACGGGAUGCAAUCAUUUUCAGCGAUUUUUUACGAUUGCAUACCAAAUUGAAACGGCGUAAUGUUACCAAGUAUACGUUUCUUUCUUCUUUUUUUUUUUUU